CUGCUUGCACUAGGUAGACGCGGCGGAUGACGCUAUCGGGCCGCGCCGCGAGAAGGUCACACGGGAUCUUCCAACAUGGCGGCGGCGGCGUUGCGGGGUUGCUGGUGCCGCUGUCCGCGGAGAUGCCUUGGCAGUGGAAUCCAGUUUCUUUCCAGCCACAACCUACCCCAUGGAUCAGCCUACCAGAUAUGCCAGCCAGGUGGAGAGCUGCCACUGACCAGAUCAUAUUCUUCUGGAAACAGAAAGGGUUUUCUGUCUGGCUUGCUAGAUAAUAUCAAACAAGAAUUAGCCAAAAAUAAAGAGAUGAAAGAAAGUAUUAAAAAAUUCCGGGAUGAGGCCAAGAAACUGGAAGAGUCUGAUGCGCUCCAGGAAGCCAGAAGGAAAUAUAAAACCAUUGAGUCGGAGACUGUGCGUACCAGCGAGGCGAUAAAGAAGAAGCUGGGGGAGCUGACGGGGACAGUGAAGGAGAGUCUUGACGAAGUCAGCAAGAGUGACCUUGGCCGGAAGAUCAAGGAGGGGAUGGAAGAAGCUGCCAAGACGGCCAAGCAGUCUGCUGAGUCUGUGUCCAAGGGAGGGGAGAAGCUGGGUAAGACAGCGGCCUUCAAGGCGCUGUCCCAGGGGGUGGAGUCUGUGAAGAAGGAGAUCGAUGAGAGUGUGCUGGGGCAGACUGGGCCUUACCGCAAGCCUGAGCGGCUGAGGAAGAGGACAGAGUUUGCAGGAGAGAAGUUCAAAGAAGAGAAAGUCUUUGAGCCCAAUGAGGAAGCUCUGGGAGUCGUGCUGCACAAGGACUCCAAGUGGUACCAGCAGUGGAAGGACUUCAAAGACAACAACGUGGUGUUCAAUCGGUUCUUUGAGAUGAAGAUGAAGUAUGAUGAGAGCGACAACGUGCUCAUCCGGGCAUCCCGGGCCCUGACUGACAAGGUCACUGACCUGCUGGGAGGUCUGUUUUCCAAGACGGAAAUGUCGGAGGUGCUCACAGAGAUCCUGCGGGUGGACCCAGCCUUCGACAAGGACCGGUUUUUGCAGCAGUGCGAGAACGACAUUAUCCCCAACGUCCUGGAGGCUAUGAUUUCUGGAGAGCUCGACAUUCUCAAAGAUUGGUGCUAUGAAGCUACCUACAGUCAGCUGGCCCACCCGAUCCAGCAGGCCAAGGCCCUGGGCCUCCAGUUCCACUCGCGUGUCCUGGACAUCGACAACAUCGACCUGGCCAUGGGCAAGAUGAUGGAACAGGGUCCCGUGCUGAUCAUCACCUUCCAGGCCCAGCUGGUGAUGGUGAUCAGAAAUUCCAAAGGCGAGGUGGUUGAGGGUGACCCGGACAAGGUACUGCGCAUGCUGUACAUGUGGGCACUGUGCCGAGACCAGGACGAGCUCAACCCCUAUGCCGCCUGGCGCCUCCUGGACAUCUCUGCCUCCAGCACAGAGCAGAUCCUCUGAGGAGGCAGCAAUGACCAGGGUCCUUGCUGAGGCUGGAUCAUGUGGGUCACAUACACAGGGGCACCAUCCCUGGCAACUGUGGACCUCUGGGGACAAGACUGUGGUCUGUGUCCUGAGCUCAGGGCAGUUAGAAAACCAACGGGACAAGGAAGGGGUUGCCAGCUGCUGAAGUGUCUGGUGGUGGCAGAUGUGCCCCACAGCUCCAGGCUGGGGCUGCUGGCAGCUUGUCACCAAGGAUGUACCAGCCACAUAGUGCCAUGAGGCUCCUAGGAGGGGGACUCCCCCUGGGGGUGGGGAGGUGGGACAAGGGCUGCUGCUCCCCGUGGCCUGCUGGCCACACCAGCCAGGCCAUUUUAGGUCUGUUUUUUAUCAGUGCUCUUAUUUCCUGUACAUAAGCCUGAGCUUUGGAAAUAAUAAAACACCAAAGUGCAGAAGA